CUCGGCCGCCGCUGCGGUGUGAGGCGCGUGUACAGGCUCUCGCCGUCCCCGCACCCGCACCGCGGCUUUUGACUUGCGGUCCGCUGUUCGAUAGCCAGCCUUCGGGGCCCCUGCCCGCCACGGACAUGCCGCGCGUCUACAUAGGACGCCUUAGCUACAACGUCCGGGAGAAGGACAUUCAGCGCUUUUUCAGUGGCUAUGGCCGCCUCCUCGAAAUAGACCUCAAAAAUGGGUACGGCUUCGUGGAGUUCGAGGACUCCCGCGACGCCGACGACGCCGUUUACGAGCUGAACGGCAAAGAGCUCUGCGGCGAGCGCGUGAUCGUGGAGCACGCUCGGGGUCCGCGCCGCGAUCGCGACGGCUACAGCUACGGAAGCCGCAGUGGUGGAGGUGGAUACAGCAGUCGGAGAACCUCUGGCAGAGACAAAUACGGACCACCUGUUCGUACAGAAUUCAGGCUUAUUGUAGAAAACCUUUCUAGUCGUUGCAGUUGGCAAGAUUUAAAGGAUUUCAUGAGACAAGCAGGUGAAGUAACUUAUGCGGAUGCUCACAAAGAACGCACAAAUGAAGGCGUGAUUGAGUUCCGUUCCUACUCUGACAUGAAGCGUGCUCUGGAUAAACUGGAUGGUACAGAAAUAAAUGGCAGGAAUAUUAGGCUCAUUGAGGAUAAACCACGAACGAGCCAUAGGCGAUCUUACUCUGGAAGCAGAUCAAGGUCACGGUCUAGAAGAAGGUCACGAAGUAGGAGUCGCAGGAGCAGCCGCAGUAGAUCUCGAAGUAUCUCAAAAAGCCGCUCCCGAUCCAGGUCUCGGAGCAAAGGUCGAUCACGUUCUCGAUCAAAAGGCAGGAAAUCUAGAUCAAAAAGCAAAUCAAAGCCCAAGUCUGAUCGAGGCUCCCGUUCGCGCUCUCGAAGCAGAUCUAAGGAGUAUGAGAAAUCUCGAAGCAGGUCUCGUUCUCGAUCUCGUUCCCCCAAAGAAAAUGGAAAAGGUGAUAUAAAGUCAAAAUCUAGAUCAAGAAGCCAGUCUCGUUCCAAUUCACCCCUACCUGCCCCACCCUCAAAGGCACGGUCCGUGUCCCCUCCACCAAAAAGAGCCUCAAGAUCCCGCUCUAGAUCUCAUUCAAAGUCAAGAUCACGGUCCAGAUCGAGUUCCAGAGAUUAACCUAGAACUCUAUAUUCUUUGCACACUAUUAUGGAACACUUUCCUACUUGCUUAGGCAGUUACUCUUCCAUGUUUGUACUUGGCCUCUUCUGCAAGAGGAAUCUCCUGAAAAUGGGGCACACAGAAAUUUAAUUUGUGGCCAAAUUUGAUGAAAAAAAAAAAAUGAGGUUCUAAAGAAAUGGUGGCAUGAAGUCAAAGACCCUCUCCCUUCUUUGUAGAAUUAAGAUAACUUUGAUUUUAUAGCUUUUGAGCUAAAAUAACUUUUGUAAAGAUUAAGCUCAUUUAGAUUUUUUUUAAGUAUUUCAGCAGGAUCUGCUGCAGGGAUUUUGUUGUUUUGUUUGCUUUUAAAUUAACCGUUUCAAGCUUUGAAUACCUAAGGCUUUAGAGGGAGAUCCCGAUUUUCAAUUAUGUUGGCUUUUUAUAAAGCUUGAGUUAUGUAAGAUUUCAAUAAAAAUUUGCUACCAAGUUGAUUGCCUUACUGAAUAGGUCACUUAAAUUCCUUUAAAUAUUGAUAAUUUGUUCUUUGUGAAACAGUGUAAAUUCUACAUAAGUGUAAAAGAAGGCAAGUCUCAGACCAGCAAUAAAUUAUUCCAUUUGGAUAACA